CCUUCACACAUUCAUCAGAUUUCAAAAGGAGCUUCAGUAACCUGGAUAUGGAAGUCUUCAUUCUGCUACUCCUCGGCAUUGGAUUUUGCCAAGCCGCUCGAGACAAAGUGGACAGAAAUGAUCCAGAAGUUGUCGAUGCUGUGGCUGGAGCAAUAGCAGCACUUAAUGAAGACAGAAGUCAUGGAAAUAAGUUGGCCCUAGGUGCCAUCCUUCAUGCCUACAGAAUAGCAGAUCCUAGGAAAAAAUUCCUCAUCAUCUAUCACGUAAGAGAAACCGUGUGUCCAAUUGCUGUGGAUAAGCCUUGGCAAAAGUGUGAACUUUUAAGGACCUCAAAAGCACACUCUGGAAAGUGCACAGCUAACAUCGACAUUAAUGAAUCAGAACAGUUUACCUCCAUUUCACAAAAUUGCAAAAUUAGCCAAGGACAGCAAAACAUAGAACAAUCCCAUGUGGAAUUUGUGGGUUUGAGUCAAUGCGUAGGUUGUUGGCAUCGCAUAAAAACUCUUAGUCCAAGAGUGCUUCAUAUUGUGAGACACACCGUGCGGCAAUUUAACAAUCAGAGUCAACACUCUUCCUUAUUUGGCUUUCCAGUAAUAAAUGAGGCUGAAAGUCAGGUGGUUAAUGGAGUGAAUUACCGUUUUAAAUAUUCCAUAAAUGAAACAAAUUGUUCCAAGAAGGAAUUUUUGGAUUUGAGUCCAGAAUGUAGACCCCUUUCUGGAGGUCUAAAAGUUUUCUGUGAAGCUAAAGCCUACGUUGACAAUAGAGGCACUCUCAUCCAUUCAGAAGUGGAAUGCAGACCGGAAGCUGAAGACAAUAUGAGAAUUCUUGCCCAAGCGUGCCCUGGUUGCCACAGCCCACUUGCACCAGACAGUCAAGAACUGAAGAGGCCUCUAGAAGCUGUUGUGAAAUUAUUUAACAUCAAAAGCAGCAGUGAUUUUUAUUUCAAAAUUGUGGAUAUAACAAAGAUAUCAGGACAGAUGUUGGUUGGACAUGUAUAUCGAAUUGACUUCAAAGCUCAGAGAACAAAUUGCUCCAAGGCUGAAGUUGAGAAGCCAGAUAAAAACUGCCAUGCUGUAAAAGGCGGUGAACUGAUGACCUGCCAUGCCUUAAUUUAUGUAAAACCCUGGGAGCCAUCAGUCGUACCAGAAGUGACCUGCACAGACGAUCAACCUUUCCAGGCUCAUGAAUUGGAAGAACCCAACAUUUUAGAGGAUGGAUUUAACAUCUUUCAUGAUUAUGAGGAACAGAAAUGGUUUCUCUGGUAUCUGUUAGGAAGAUACACCUUGUCCGUUAUCUUGAAGCUCUUUCUCUCUUUUCCAUGCUCAUCAGAAGCUCAAAGAAGCUUCUCUCACCUGGCUAUGGAAGUCUUCAUUCUGCUAGUCCUCAGCGUUGGACUUUGCCAAGCCGGUCCUGUCCAAGAUGAUGUGAGCUGUGAUGACCCAGAAGUUUUUGAAGCUGUGGCUAGAGCAAUAACAGAACUUAAUGAAGAUGUAGACAGAACUCAAGGAAAUAAAUUUGCUCUCAAUGUCAUCCUUCAUGCCCACAGAAUAGCAGGUCCUAGAAAAAAAUUCCAUGUCAUCUAUCAAGUAAGAGAAACUGCAUGUCCAAUUGCUGCGAAGGAGCCUUGGCAAAACUGUGACUUUUUAGAGAUAUCAGAAGAUUAUGGAAACUGUACAGCUGACAUUGAUAUUGACUCACAAGGGUUAAUAUCACAGUAUUGCAAAUUUAGCCCAGGACAGGAGAAUGUAAUACGGUCUACUGCACAAUGCCUGGGGUGCUGGCAUCCCAUAGACCCUAAGAGUUUGGAAGUGCUUCCGAUUGUGAGAUUCACCAUACGGCAAUUUAACAAUCAGAGUCAACAAUCUGCCUUAUAUGAAGUUAGAGAAAUGAAAACAGCGACUCGUCAGGUGGUUAAUGGAUGGAAUUACAAUUUGGAAUAUUCGAUAAAAGAAACAAAUUGUUCCAAGAAUGAAUUUCUAGAUUUGACCCCAGAAUGUAGACACCUUCCUGAAGGUAAAGAAGGUUUCUGUACAGUGACUGCCUACGUUGACAAUGCAAACACACUGGUCCACACACAACAGGAUUGCCAAGUGCAAGUGGAAGAAAAAGUGGGACCUCCUGUUCACCUCUGUCCCGGUUGCCCCGUUGAGAUUGCAACGGACAGCCCAGAACUGCAGGAGCCUCUACAAAACAUUAUAGAAUCGUUUAAUGCAAACAACAGCGGUGACUUUCAUUUCAGAAUUGUGGAGAUAAAAGAUGCAACAAAACAGGUUUGAAUUUUAUCUGUACCUGCUG